UGUGGCUCUGUUAGCAUCCAGAGCUAGCAGUUGGGGAACACACAACACAGUGUGGAGGAAGGCGUCCUGCGCACUGUAGGCAGAAAUAUAUCAGCGACUUCAAAUAUCCCCAGCUAAUCCUUGAGCUAACCAUUAUCCCUCCAUGCUGUCCAGGAAAGGAAGAUAACAUUGCACCGCCUCCUGAAUUAGCCACCGUGCGAGACUGAUACGGGAAACUGCGUUUUGCGUGAGGAGUCUUAACGUUACCUUUCAGGUAUAAUCAGUGUUCUGUUCGGAAUAUUAAGCAUAUAGCUGCAGCCUCGACCAACCUGACUGCUUGCAAGAAUGAGGUUACCGAGUAAGAGACAAUGUGCGAUGGAAGAAGAUGGAAAGAAGAUGGACCAAGCUCCUCCGUUCAGAAACCCUUUUGUGCACGUCUUGAAAUUCACCCCUCUAGAAAAGGCAAAGAUUGCAUUAAUGACAGUCACGCUGUUCCCCAUCCGUCUACUCAUGGCUGCAUUCAUGAUGCUGCUGGCUUGGCCUUUUGCCUUCCUGGCCUCAGUAGGGCGCUCGGAGACUACCGUUGAACCCCAGUGCCUCUGGAGGAGACUGGUGGACAUAAUUCUGAAGAUAAUCAUGCGGGUCAUGUGGUUUGCGGGUGGUUUCCAUUGGAUGACUGUGAAAGGGCGAAGGGCUUUGCCUGCAGAAGCACCCAUCCUCACCCUGGCCCCCCACUCGUCUUACUUUGACGCCAUCCCAGUCACGAUGACGAUGGCCUCGAUUGUCAUGAAGGCCGAGAGCAAGGACAUACCUCUCUGGGGCACUUUGAUUAAGUUCAUCAGGCCAGUGUUUGUUUCACGGUCAGACCAGAACUCCAGAAGGAAGACUGUGGAGGAGAUCAAACGCAGAGCCCACUCUGGAGGGGAAUGGCCUCAGAUAAUGAUUUUUCCAGAGGGAACAUGUACCAAUAGAUCCUGCCUAAUCACCUUUAAGCCAGGGGCCUUCAUCCCCGCUGUACCAGUGCAGCCUGUGGUGAUUCGUUACCCCAAUAAACUGGACUCAAUCACAUGGACAUGGCAAGGGCCUGGAGCGUUUGAAAUCCUGUGGCUGACACUCUGCCAGUUGCACAACGAGUUUGUGGUCGAGUUCCUUCCUAUCUACACACCCUCCGAGGAAGAGAAAAGGAACCCGGCUCUCUUUGCUAUCAACGUGAGACGUGUCAUGGCUAAAGCCCUGGGGGUGCCCAUCACAGACUACUCAUUUGAAGACUGCCAGCUGGCCAUGGCAGAAGGCCAGCUGAGACUGCCAGUCGACACCUGUCUGCUGGAGUUCUCCAAGCUCGUCAGGAGACUGGGGCUGAAACCCCGGAACACUGAGAAGGUUCUGCAGGAUUAUGGGAACAGAGCCAGGAAGCUGGAAGGUCAGAAGCUGGACUUGGACGACUUUGCUCAGUUCCUCGACGUGCCAGUUUCAGAGAUGCUCCGAGAUAUGUUUGCUCUUUUUGAUGAGCAUGAAGAUAACUGCAUGGAUAUCAGAGAAUACGUGAUCGCCUUAUCUGUCGUAUGCAGACCUGCCAAAACUCUGGAAACGAUGAAAUUGGCCUUCAAGAUGUUUGAGGCGGAGGAGGACGGUGCCAUCACAGAGAUGGAGUUGGCAGUUGUCCUGAAGACGGCUUUAGGAGUGACUCACCUCAGCGCGUCGCGUCUCUUUGCCGCCAUCGAUCCUGAAGACACAGGGAAGAUCACAUUUGAUAAGUUCAGAUGCUUUGUGGAGCAGCACCCAGACUUUGCAGAAGAGUACCUGUACACAGGACACGCAGGCCUCCACAGCGGCCCCUGCCACGUUCACCAAACAAAGCCCAGCCUGUCUUCCCGGAAACCGCGAGGCACUGCCACCACCAAAACAGCCAACGGUAUCUGCCCCGACUUCAGCCCAAAAAACCAUGACGGCACAAUAGAUGGACUUUUCAAGAAACACAACUGAAAGGGUUUUAAAAAAUGUUGUGGGAGAAAACCAACACCUCUCCUGGUGAGAGGGUGUUGUGUGAGGGGGGGGGGGCAAAGGGUAGCUAUGUACUUGUUGGUUAGUAACUUGUUUGAACAGUAAGGGACUACAUCUCAGCACUACAAAAAUGAAGACGUUUACCUUACCCUUUUUUUGUUAUUAUAGUGUCCAUGAGGUUAUUUUCAGCCUGAUAACAAGUUUAUUUUGUUAUAAAAUCCUUUUUCUUUUUUUUCAUUGCAAGGAUUGUCAAAAUGCCAAACAAUGGCUGUUUCGGAUGAUUGAAAGCUUGAAGGGCAAGCACCUUUUUUUCUUUUCUCUCCAACAUAGUGCUAACUGUGCAUGAUUUUAACAUGAGGGAAGCAAGAAAAAACCCUGGAAAGGGAAGUUUUCAGUAAAAUCAGUGUUGGAUUCUCUUUUACUUGUAACUUUUAUCUGUUUCCUCUCUUUAAUGGUAGCUGCCUUUUUUAACUGAAAGUGCAGAAUGCAUGGGCUCAUGUUAUUUUGAGCGGUAUUGAGGAUUAUUUAUCUAAAGAAGGGAGGCCUGAAGGUACCUGUGACAAUUGUGCGACUGCUUUAAGUGUUAAGCUACAGCAGCCACAUUUGAGGUGAACUCGGGGUCUCUGUGAGUUGACGGUCAUAAUUGCUAUGAGCCUGUUACAUAAUUAUACAGUGAUAUAUUUGAUUUAGCUCAGGGUUCAGUGACAAAAAUGAAAAAUGUAACAUGUAUGAUGUAUGAUGUCAUCAUUUUUGACACUCACUGGGUUAUGUGCAUGUCUUUUUUUCUUACAUCAGUAAUCUUCUGCCCUGUUAUUCCCCACUCACAUUAUCUUCACACAUUUCUUUCAGGUUGGCAAAUUCAAGUGUCUUUUUUUUAUUGUUGAAAUAACACAACGUGGACCAAAAAUGCAUUGGGUGAUUUAAUGUCCCCUGUCAUGUUUGUACUGUCCUUUUCAGUCAG